ACAGCGAUAAAUGCGAAGCCAAUACGAAAUGAACUGUUGCUUUCUAAAGUAGUGCUUUUUCAGCAGUGUUAUUGUCAUUUUCGAAGGAAAAUUUUACGUAUAUGUGUAUAGAUACAUAUAUGUAUAUUGUAGUGACAUUAGAAUUUGCGUGCAAACCUAUGUAAUAUCAACUUUACUAAUUUAAUGCAGUUAGAGACGCGCCAAAGACGAGAGCAGCUUUCCUGAAAAUGGGAUCUAAUACACACAUACUAGAAGUAGGUGAAGAUGUUCUAGGACUCGUUGUGAAACUGUUGAAUUAUUCUUCUAUUGAUUCGUUUAAUGAAGAUGUUAGAAAGAUUAAAGAAUGGAUUAAGAAACAACCGCAUUUUCCAGAAAUGAUGGCAGACAAAAAAAUCCAAAACUUUCUCAUAUUAAACAAAGGAAGCGUCGAAAGAAGCAAGGAAAAAAUAGAAAACUAUUACAACGUAAGGUCUCGGUUGCCAGAAAUAUUUGAUAAUAUUCAUCCGAAACUCCCUUACAUGGAAAAAGUCAAGGAAUCGGUUUUCUUUGUUCCUCUUCCAAAACUAACAAAAGAACAUUACCGAGUCUGUAUCUACAAAAUGCGUGAUAUACACUCAGCUGAAAAUGUAGAAAUGGUCCACUUUAUUCAUUUGGUGUUCAACAUACAAGAAAUUCGUAUGAUCGAAGAUGUCACCUAUGGAGACGUGUUUAUAUUUGAUGGUAAACAUUCAACUCUACGAUUCAUGCUCAAGGCAACACCGGUGAUGAUUUAUAAGGCGUUGAUUGUUAUAUACAAGCAAGUUUUCUCAAACCGACUGAAAGCCGUUUACCUGAUCAAUGCUCCCUAUUAUGUAGAAAAGUUUGUUGAUUUCCUUAAGAGCGCUCUGAAGCCUAAACUAAUAACACGAAUACACUUUUGCGAAAAUUCGGAUGAUUUAGUUGAAAAAAUCGGAAAAGAAAUUCUGCCAGAGGAUUAUGGAGGUGAAGAAAAGUCUCUAAAAGAACUGCAAGCAGACAAAAAAAUCCAAAAUUUUCUCAUACUAAACAAAGGAAGCGUGGAAAGAAGCAAAGAAAAAAUAGAAAACUAUUACAACGUAAGGUCUCGGUUGCCAGAAAUAUUUGAUAAUAUUCAUCCGAAACUCCCUUACAUGGAAAAAGUCAAGGAAUCGGUUUUCUUUGUUCCUCUUCCAAAACUAACACAAGAACAUUACCGAGUCUUUAUCUACAAAAUGCGUGAUAUACACUUAGCUGAAAAUGUAGAAAUGGUCCACUUUAUUCAUUUGUUGUUCAACAUACAAGAAAUUCGUAUGAUCGAAGAUGUCACCUAUGGAGACGUCUUUAUAUUUGAUGGUAAACAUUCAACUCUACGAUUCAUGCUCAAAGCCACACCGGUCAUGAUUUAUAAGGCGUUGAUUGUUAUAUACAAGCAAGUGUUCUCAAAUCGACUAAAAGCUGUUUACCUUAUCAAUGCCCCCUCCUUUACAGAAAAGCUUCUCGCUAUUCUUAAGAGUAUUCUAAAACCUAAACUAAUGGAACGUAUACACUUUUGCGAAAAUUCGGAUGAUUUAAUUGAAAAAAUCGGAAAAGAAAUUCUGUCGGAGGAUUAUGGUGGUGAAGAAAUGUCUCUAAAAGAACUGCAAAAUGAAAGUACAGAAGAAAAGAAAAGAGUGUAUUACAAGUGAGUAGAAGGAGACCUAGCAAACGUCAUGGUCCCAUUUAAAAUGGGUGGUAUAGGAUUUGCUCGACAAUUUGGGAUUCCUAAAUCCACUUUCAAAAAACAUCUAACAAAUUCCAAUAAACGCGCCAAUGAUAAAAAUAUAAUGAAAGG